AAUUGGGAAAGAAAAUAAUGCAAGAAAAGGUUGAAAGCACGCGACCAUAAUGCAGUGAAGGUGAAGGGAAAAUGAUAGUGGUUGUUGUCCUUACAGUUACUGGUCAUGCUCUCUUAUGAGUCUCUCUCUUUUCUUUCCACAACUACCCCUAUUCUCACUCUCUCUCUCUCUUCAUCUCCAACUACACUACUUUCUCUCUCUAGCAUCAUCGAAAACUCUCUCUACUUCAGCUCAAUCAAUUGAUCUUUUCUCAUAGUUUUCUCCGAUUCACUCUCUCCAGUUUCUUCCCCAUGGAAGCAGGGGAAAACUGUUGCGUAAAAGUUGCGGUUCAUGUACGGCCGUUAAUCGCCGACGAGAAGCUUCAAGGAUGCAAAGACUGUGUCACCGUCGUCUCCGGGAAGCCUCAGGUACAAAUUGGUGCUCACUCAUUUACAUUUGAUCAUGUCUACGGAAGCACUGGUUCUCCCUCGUGUAACAUGUUUGAUGAUUGUGUUGCUCCACUUGUUGAUGGUUUGUUCCAAGGAUAUAAUGCUACUGUCCUGGCAUAUGGUCAGACAGGUUCUGGGAAAACGUACACCAUGGGAACUGGCUUUAAAGAAGGUUUCCAAAUAGGAAUAGUACCACAAGUUAUGAAUGUUUUGUUCAACAAAAUUGGGACCUUCAAGGACCAGAUUGAAUUUCAGUUGCAUGUUUCCUUUAUCGAGAUUCUUAAAGAAGAAGUAAGAGAUUUACUGGAUCCCUCCUCCAUGGGCAAACCAGAAACUACAAAUGGACAUGCAGGAAAAAUGACAUCUCCUGGGAAGCCGCCAAUACAAAUUCGUGAGACAUCAAGUGGUGUUAUAACCCUUGCAGGAUCUACCGAAGUUAGUGUCACCACAUUAAAAGAAAUGGCUGCUUGCCUGGAACAAGGAUCCCUGAGUAGAGCAACUGGUAGCACAAAUAUGAACAAUCAAUCCAGUCGAUCUCAUGCAAUCUUCACCAUCACAUUAGAGCAAAUGUGCAAGCCCAAGAAUCCUAAUGACAACUGCUUAAAUGAUAAUAUGAAUGACGAGUAUCUUUGUGCUAAGUUGCACUUGGUAGAUCUUGCUGGAUCAGAACGUGCUAAAAGAACAGGGUCUGAUGGUAUGCGUUUUAAGGAAGGCGUUCAUAUUAACAGAGGACUUCUAGCACUUGGUAAUGUUAUUAGUGCACUUGGUGAUGAAAAGAAGCGAAAGGAAGGUGUUCAUGUUCCAUAUAGGGACAGUAAACUUACUAGGCUUUUACAGGAUUCACUUGGGGGUAACAGCAGAACUGUCAUGAUAGCCUGCAUAAGUCCUGCUGACAUUAAUGCUGAGGAAACCCUAAACACUUUGAAGUAUGCAAAUCGUGCACGCAAUAUCCAAAAUAAGCCUGUUGUCAACAGAGAUCCCAUGUCCAGUGAGAUGCUAAAAAUGAGACAAAAACUGGAGUAUUUGCAGGCAGAACUUUGUGCUCGUGCCGGUGGCUCAUCUGGGGAAGUUCAGGGUCUUAAGGAAAGGAUUGUUUGGCUUGAAGCUGCUAAUGAAGAUCUUUGCCGUGAACUUCAUGAACACCGUAGUAGAUGUUCUGUCUUAGAACAAAGUGAAAAGGAUGGUUAUGAUGGUGGCACAUGUAUUGUGAAGACGGAUGGGCUUAAGAGGACCUUACCUAUAACGGCGACUGAUUAUCCAAUGAAUGAAACAGCAGGUGAUUCAAGAGAAAUUGAAGAAGUAGAAAAAGAAUGGGAGCACAAACUUCUGCAAAAUAGUAUGGAUAGAGAGUUGCAUGAGUUGAAUAAACGCUUGGAGCAGAAAGAGUUUGAGAUGAAGUUGUUUGGAGUAUCUGAUGCAGAAAUACUCAAGCAACGUUUUGGAAGGAAGAUAAUGGAACUUGAGGAUGAGAAGAGAACAGUGCAGCGAGAAAGAGACUGUCUUUUGGCUGAAGUUGAAAAUCUUGCUGCCAACUCUGAUGGACAAACACAGAAAUUAGAGGACACACAUUCCCAAAAAUUGAAAACACUUGAAGCACAAAUUUUGGAUCUGAAGAAGAAGCAAGAGAAUCAAGUCCAGCUUAUGAAGCAAAAGCAAAAAAGUGAUGAAGCAGCAAAGAGGUUGCAAGAUGAAAUACAGUCUAUAAAGGCCCAAAAGGUUCAGUUGCAACAAAAAAUAAAACAAGAAGCAGAACAGUUUCGACAGUGGAAGGCUUCUAGAGAGAAAGAACUGUUGCAAUUAAAGAAGGAGGGAAGAAAAAAUGAAUAUGAAAAGCACAAGCUGCAAGCUUUAAAUCAGCGCCAGAAAAUGGUCCUUCAAAGGAAAACUGAAGAAGCUGCAAUGGCAACCAAAAGGUUAAAGGAGUUGCUUGAAGCUCGUAAAACUUCCAGCCGAGACACUUUCGUUGCGACAAAUGGAAAUGGAACAAAUGGGCAGAGUAACGAGAAGUCCUUACAACGGUGGCUUGACCAUGAACUAGAAGUCACGGUGAAAGAACACGAAGUUCGUUUUGAAUAUGAGAAACAGAGCCAAGUGAGGGCUGCCCUUGCAGAGGAGCUAGCCAUGUUGAAGCAUGUAAGUGAGUUUGCUGCUAAGGGUCUAAGCCCACCAAGAGGAAAGAACGGAUUUGCCAGGGCAUCCUCCAUGUCACCAAAUGCAAGAAUGGCUAGAAUAGCUUCACUUGAGAACAUGCUGAGUAUAUCCUCUAAUUCACUUGUAGCAAUGGCUUCUCAACUCUCCGAGGCAGAAGAACGAGAGAGGGCAUUCACUAAUCGUGGACGUUGGAAUCAGUUGCGCUCAAUGGGAGAAGCCAAGAAUUUGCUUCAAUAUAUGUUUAAUUCUGUUGGAGAUGCUAGGUGCCAACUCUGGGAGAAGGACAUGGAGAUCAGAGAAAUGAAAGAUCAAAUCAAAGAACUCGUCGGUCUUUUGCGGCAAAGUGAGAUGAAGAGAAAGGAAGCUGAGAAGGAUGUAAAAGGGAGAGAGCAAGCUGGCACAACCACAUUGGCUACCCCAGUUUCUCAGGGAAAUUCUCCAAAUUCAUUGAAACAGUAUACUGAAGAUACGAAGGGACCUUUAUCUCCAAGGUCUGUGCCAAUACCAAGACAACUUAAAUAUACGCCAGGGGUUGCUAAUGGCUUGACGAGGGAAUCAGCAGCAUUUGUUGAUCAGGGUAGAAGGAUGAAACCCAUUGGGCAGCUGUCAAUGAAAAAACUAGCAAUUGUAGGACAAGCUUCUGGCAAGUUAUGGAGGUGGAAAAGAAGCCAUCAUCAAUGGCUACUACAAUUCAAGUGGAAGUGGCAGAAACCAUGGAGGCUUUCAGAAUGGAUUCGACACAGUGAUGAAACAAUCAUGAGAGCAAGACCGCGCUCUCAGGCUUUGCCGCACAUGUGAUAUUUUAUUUUCGUUACCAGCCCAGUUGCUGUUUCUGUAUUUUUAGACCCACCAGAAUUAUCCUAGGCACAUGGCAAAAUGGCAUUGAAAAUAACAGCACUAGGUACAGUGUAUUAUAAGUAGUUGCUGAAGAAGUGUAUGAUGACAUCUUGAAUAAUGCUGUCCAGAUCUCGGAAACUUUGGUCAUAAUUACUGUAUAUCUAGGAAGUGUGCAGUAACGUACAUCUACCCAAAUAAUAAAUAACAAAAGAUAUAACGAAGACGAAGUCAUAGACUCUGCCAGACAAUAUCUUGGAAAAUAGUCUGUUCAUACCAACACUAGAAGAAACCAAGGGAAGAUUCUUUUGUCAAAUCCUGGGAAUAUGUAUUUAACAUCUUUUAUUCUUUCUUGUGUGUUUUGAAGGUCCUAUUGUGUUUAAGCCAAUUGAUUUUUAUUGAUAGAUUUUACCCUAUAGAAUGUCACAUACCAGGAGGAAAUUCUUCUGUAGGUUUUUUCAUCUAGAGCUUCCUGUUGUAAAAAACACAUAAGCUAUUCUAGUUUUUUGGUGUAACAUUAGUCAUUAUUAUAUUGAAUAUUGAAAGAUGCUCUACCGUACAGUUUGUUAAAUAA